UAAUGUAAAAGAUGCACCCAGUCUCCGUCAAAGUCAAUUUUCCUAGAGAGGAGAAGGGAGGGAGAGAGUUUCUUAAUGCACUUGCUUUCCUCACAGUCACAGAUGACAGAACCGUAAGAAGGAGAGGUGUGCGGAUAAAUGCAAGGGGAGCGUGAACAGCAACCUCCAUUACGCACCACCUUCGUCAUCCUCUCUGUCUCUCUCUCCCUUCCUCUCUGUUUUUCGCCAACUAUAAGUACAGAGACAGAGGCACCAUCUGUCCUAUCAUUUGGAGCCACUCUCUCUCUCAUCGUCUGUCUGUGAAGGAACAGGGAACCAUCUAGAGUAGAGAAUUUGGGAAAGGUGGUGUUCAACACAAAUGGUGGAUGUAGGUGAUGAGCAGAAGCAUCAGGAGGAGGAGGACGUCGGCCGGCGGGGGAAGCAUCACUUCGUGUUGGUGCACGGGGUGGGGCAUGGGGCCUGGUGCUGGUACAAGGUGAGGACCCUCCUCCAGGCGGCCGGCCACUCCGUCACUUGCGUCGACCUCUCUUCCGCCGGCAUCGACCCUUCAGACGCCAACGCCCUCUCCUCCUUCGACGCCUACGACCAGCCCCUCAUUACCCACCUCCUCUCCAACCUCCCCGCCGACCAAAAGGUGGUGCUGGUCGGCCACAGCGCCGGAGGGCUCAGCCUCACCCACGCCAUCCACGCACUGGGCUCAGCCAAGGUCACCCUCGCCGUGUUCGUGUGCGCCACCAUGCUCAGAUCCGGGUUCUGGACCCCACAGGACACUCAAGACGGUGCGCCGGAUCUGGAUCAAGAAGUAGUAGAGCUGGUGUUUGGUGAAGGUCCAGAAAAUGCUCCCACAAGCGUCCGCUUUAAACCCGAAUUCCAAAGGCAACUCUUCUACAAUGAAAGCCCAGAAGAGGAUGCAGUCCUGGCCUCUAUGCUUCUAAAGCCGGUGCCGGUGCGGGCACUCCAGUCUGCAAGGUUUGACAAUGGCGAGGGCGUCGACGUGGAUGCAGUCAGCCGAGUCUAUGUGAAGACGACGAAGGACAGAGUUUUGACGCCGGAGCAGCAAGAAAACAUGAUCAAGAGAUGGCCGCCAUGCGAAGUCAUGACUCUGGAGACCGACCAUAGCCCUUUCUUCUCUGCACCCAAUCAUUUGGUUAGCUUGCUACUCAAAGCCGCUAGCUCCGACUACUGUCACUAAAGUUUACUGGGGCGACGAGAACAGUGAGGAUCACCAAAAAUGAGGAGAACUUUCAUUGAUUUGAUUAAUAAGAUAUGGAAUGGAAUCAAACGCGAAACUCUAUGAUUAUGUAUUAGUAUCAUUUUUUUUGGUUAAAAACAUUGUUUAUUGGAGAUUUGGGAAUUUUAUGUAUUGUUAUUUUCUUGUGUUGA